AUGGUCUCCAACUUCGUUUACCCACGCCUGGACCGCUUCCGAAAUGAGAUUCGCUUAGUGCAGCUUCUCCUAGCACUAGAUCGGGAGUCUCCCAUCGCCUGCAACCUCGUCCACGCCUCCAUCGACGACGACACGAUCCGGUACGAGGCAUUAUCCUACACCUGGGGCAAUAACGCGAACCCUCGGGACAUCCUCCUUGACGGGAAUCCCAUAUCGGUGACACCGAAUCUCCACACGGCGCUGCAGGCGUUACGAUUACCGAUACACACCCGUACACUCUGGAUCAACGCCGUCUGCAUCAACCAAAAAGAUGUCCAGGAGCGCAGCCAUGAGGUCCUCCGUAUGCGGGUCAUUUACGAGAGGGCUACGAAAGUGGUCAUCUGGCUGGGAGAAGCCGUCCCGGAUAGCAGCUUGGCCAUCCGCCACCUCGAGCAAUUAAGUCAAGAGUUUGAAUAUCUCGUUGCCAAGGGGGUCGCCGCGAGAGCGAGGCGAUCUCUCAUAUCGCUUUCGGACUCCCUUCUCCAUCUUCUAAAAUUUCUCCUCAUCAUCCUUCUUGUCCGACCAGCAGUCUUUGUAUUUCUCCGAGCAGUCGCCGUUGGCAUCUUGGAGGAGCCUCGAUGGAGGCUCACGUCGCCGCUCUGGAUCUUGGGCAGCACUCUUGCGCAAACAUGCUCCCUUUGUCUUCGCGUAUGGGUCAACAUCCAGGUAGUCGAGGAGAGGUGGGUAGAACCGGAUAGCCAAACGGUAGAGGCACUCGCAGAAUUUUUCGGCCGAUCGUGGUUCAGUCGGGUCUGGGUGGUUCAAGAGAUCGCCAUGUCGCGCGAUGCCAUCGUCAUGCUAGGUCCUCACACGAUUCCGUGGACCCGGCUCAAAGGUGCAUACUACCGUCUACGCAUGAGGGUGUCGCUCAGUAUGUGCGGGACCGUCUAUGCUCAAACUCGGUUCCAGCGACUUACGGAGUUGAUGCACGUCAUUUUCCGUCGUCACCAUCUCUCUUCUUCUCUCCCGGGAGUCAGGGUGCUAGAUUUGCUUUGCGAUCUCAGCUACCUUGAGGCUACGGACGAUCGGGACAAGGUGUACGGUCUCCUUGGACUUGCCGAUGAUUUGAGAGAUUUCGAUAAGCUUCAAGGCCAUCUGUUCGAGCCCUCCUACGAUGAAAGCGUUGAUAAGACUUAUACGCGCCUGGCUUGGUUUAUCAUCCGGGCGAGCGCGCGGCUUGAUGUCUUACACUGCGUAGGCGACCUGGAUUCGAGCGCCGGCCUUCCCUCGUGGACUCCGGACUGGAGGGACUCUACACUGAGGUGCGGCCGGAAGUUGAGUUUGAUUCCCACUCGAAUCAUGGACUUCUUCCUGCGGGUGGGAGUGGUGAAUCUGAUACGACUGGCCCGAAGGUUCAGUCGCAAUAAGCCGUACUUCGACGCGAUCCUCGAAUCCCUCGAGAUCGAUCUUAAUCGGAGGCCCGAGGGCCCCGAAGAGGAAUACUCCUAUUUCCCCAUUAACCUCGCAGAAACGACUAAUUCCUUUGACCGGAGGGAAACCGCUUCCAAAAUGUUUCGGUGGGACCCGCAGCCGUGGCUCGAGUCCCGCUCCGACCCUCAUCGGCAUGGUAACAUUUUCCUCACCGACUGGUGUAAUGUCUAUUCGGCUUCGGCAAGGGAGCGUGAUGUAGUAUGUAUGCUACAUGGAAGUCCCAUCCCGACUCUCCUGAGGUGGAUGGGCGACGAUACGUUCAAGGUCGUAGGACCAUGCUCGCUCACGAACAUGGAUAACAUGUUGCCGAAAUGGUGCCAACGUGAAUAUGACAAGGGACGACUGCGGACAAUGGACUUUAUUCUUCGAUAG